GCCUAAAUGUCGGCCAGCCAGGACAGCUGGGUUCAUUUACCCUCAGAUCAGUGAGCGAGCCAUUCCAAAACACACAAUAUAUCUGGGGACUGUGAAGCCAGCAUGACCAGUGGCUGCUGCGUACUUGUCCUGUUUUCCCUCCUCCAUGUCUCGCUGAGUGUGGAAAUGACAGGGUUACAUGGCAGCUUCACCUCCCCCGACUUCCCCCAGCCAUACCCCGACAACCAGCACAUAGUGUGGAACAUCACUGUCUCAGACGGCCACAGGGUCAAACUCUACUUCACCCAUUUCAGCGUGGAACCCUCCCACCGGUGUGAAUACGACUACAUCCAGGUUUUGGCAGAGGGAAAAGAAACGUUGCGGUUCUGCGGUGAGGAAAAGAAGAACUACGAAAGCACCCCCGGGAACACCGUCAUCCUAUCAGCCGGGAACCUCAUGUCAGUGGUCUUUAGGAGUGACUACUCUAACGAGGGCCGAUUCACCGGCUUCCAAGCAUUUUACACCUCAGAAGACAUCAAUGAAUGUCUGUCCAAGGUGGGCGGGGAGAGAGCGUGUGAUCACUUUUGCCACAAUUACAUCGGUGGAUAUUACUGCACAUGCAGACAGGGAUACUUUCUGCAUGACAACAACAGAUCCUGCACAGUGCCAUGCCACAGCCAGGUGUUGACCUCGCCAUCGGGGGUUCUGACCAGUUCGGGUUACCCAAAACCCUACCCGCCCAUGAGUCAGUGUAAUCACACUAUAUCUCUGUCGGAGGGCUACAGAAUAAUCCUGGACUUCCUGGAACCUUUCGACAUAGAGGGACACCCAGACGUCCCCUGUCCGUACGAUAUGUUGAAGAUAUCAACAGCUGGACAAGAGUACGGACCCUUCUGUGGAUCAACUGCACCCGCCCGCAUUGACACAGGGAGUUACCGAGUGCAUGUUAGAUUCAGAUCUGAUGCUAGCGGGAAAAACAAGGGAUGGAAGAUCAAGUACACCAGUACAAAGGCAGAAUCCCUCACUUUGACUUAAGACUGAUGUGACAUUAUCUUAAUGAAUCCUUGUUAUGACAUUAUGACAACUGUGCUACAAAGAUACCCUCCAAAUUUCACGCAAUGCAAACAAUUAUUCUGCUCUGGUCCAGCUGAAGACUGAGGUGCAUUUUAAUGGCAGAUACAAUAAAUGAAUUCAGUUUAAAGUA